CUUUGCCCUUCCCGCCUGCGCGCCCGCCUCAGUUAUCAUGGCGGCUCCCUUGGCCCUGGUGCUUGUGGUGGCCGUGACCGUGAGGGCGGCCUUGUUUCGCUCCAGUUUGGCCGAGUUCAUUUCUGAGAGGGUGGAGGUGGUGUCCCCACUAAGCUCUUGGAAGAGAGUGGUCGAAGGCCUUUCGUUGUUGGAUUUGGGAGUGUCUCCAUAUUCUGGAGCAGUAUUUCAUGAAACUCCAUUGAUAAUAUACCUCUUUCAUUUCCUGAUUGACUAUGCAGAAUUGGUAUUUAUGAUAACAGAUGCUCUCACUGCUAUUGCCCUGUAUUUUGCAAUUCAGGACUUCAAUAAAGUUGUGUUUAAAAAGCAGAAGCUUCUCCUAGAACUGGACCAGUAUGCCCCAGACGUGGCCGAACUUAUCCGAACCCCCACGGAAAUGCGGUACAUCCCUCUGAAAGUGGCCCUGUUCUAUCUCCUAAAUCCCUACACGAUCCUGUCUUGUGUUGCCAAGUCUACCUGCGCCAUCAACAACACCCUCAUUGCUUUCUUCAUUUUGACCACAAUAAAAGGCAGCGUUUUCCUCAGUGCUAUUUUCCUUGCCUUAGCAACAUACCAGUCUCUGUACCCAGUCACCUUGUUUGCCCCCGGACUGCUUUAUCUUCUCCAGCGGCAGUACAUCCCCGUGAAAGUGAAGAGCAAAGCCUUCUGGAUCUUCUCUUGGGAGUACGCCCUGAUGUACAUAGGAAGCCUGGUGGUAAUCAUUUGCCUCUCCUUCUUCCUUCUCAGCUCCUGGGAUUUCAUCCCUGCAGUCUACGGCUUCAUACUUUCUGUUCCAGAUCUCACUCCAAACAUUGGUCUUUUCUGGUACUUCUUUGCAGAGAUGUUUGAGCACUUCAGUCUCUUUUUUGUCUGCGUGUUUCAGAUCAACGUCUUCUUCUACACAGUCCCUUUAGCCAUCAAAUUAAAGGAGCACCCCAUCUUCUUCAUGUUCAUUCAGAUCGCCAUCAUCUCCAUCUUCAAGUCCUAUCCAACCGUGGGGGACGUGGCCCUCUACAUGGCCUUCUUCCCUGUGUGGAACCACCUCUACAGAUUCCUACGGAACAUCUUCGUCCUCACCUGCAUCAUCGUUGUCUGCUCUCUUCUCUUCCCUGUCCUGUGGCACCUAUGGAUUUAUGCAGGAAGUGCCAACUCUAAUUUCUUUUAUGCCAUCACAUUGACCUUCAACGUUGGGCAGAUCCUGCUCAUCUCUGACUACUUCUAUGCCUUCCUACGACGGGAGUAUUACCUCACACACGGCCUCUACUUGACUGCCAAGGACGGCACAGAGGCCAUGCUAGUGCUCAAGUAGCCCUGGCUGGCACAGAGCUGCAUGGACACGAGGGGGA